UUGUAAACGCCCCCCGUCAGCUCUUCAGACGUUUAUUUAAAAAUAAAACACAUAUAUAGGGCGAUAGGGCGAUGAGUACUUUAACUGUGGUGUAUUCAUUAGCCUAUUAAUAUUAUUACUUUUAUUUACAGUGUACGAAAACCGGUUGUUCCCCAUACUUGUCCGUUUAAUCCGCCUGUCGUAAAUCGGCUUUUCGGCCGUCUAACGUUAGUUGCCGAAGUGCGACGGCAACCGUUUAAUUACGUUAAAUUCGUGUUUUCCAGCACCGACCGACGAGCUGAAGAUGAACCCGAGCGGAGCGCGUGUGAGUGGGAAGACUUUCCUGUUCACGUCGGAGUCCGUCGGAGAAGGACACUCCGAUAAAAUGUGCGAUCAGAUCAGUGAUGCCGUGCUCGAUGCGUACCUGAGUCAAGACCCCGACUCUAAGGUGGCCUGUGAAUGUGUGGCGAAGACGGGAAUGGUUUUACUGGUUGGAGAAGUGACGUCUAAGGCCAUCGUGGAUCUCCAGUCGGUGGUCCGAGACACCGUCAAGAAGAUCGGCUACGACGACUCUUCAAAAGGUUUCGACUAUAAGACCUGCAACGUGCUGGUGGCGCUGGAGCCGCAGUGUGAGGAGAUAUCGGACUGUGUGUUUGAAGGCAGGGACCAGGAGGACAUCGGGGCCGGAGACCAGGGUUUGAUGUUUGGCUACGCCACCGAUGAGACCGAGGAGAGCAUGCCCCUCACCAUCCUCCUGGCUCACAAGCUCAACUACAGGAUCCGAGAGCUGUCGCUCAGCGGAGAGUGUCCUUGGAUACGACCGGACUCCAAAUCACAAGUCACAGUGGAGUACAGAGACAACUCGGGGGCCAUGGAGCCCCUGCGAGUUCACACCGUGGUCAUCUCGGUGCAGCACAUCCCGGACAUCACCCUGGAGGAGAUCAGACGCAACCUGAUGGAGAAGGUGGUGAAGGUGAUCAUCCCCGCCAGGUACUUGGACGACAAGACCAUCUACCAUCUACUGCCGAGUGGGAAAUUCCUUAAGGGCGGCCCACAGAGCGAUGCAGGACUCACGGGGCGUAAAAUCAUCGUGGACACAUACGGAGGAUGGGGCGGUCACGGAGGAGGGGCUUUCUCCGGAAAAGACUACUCCAAAGUGGACCGGUCCGGAGCGUACGCGGCACGCUGGGUCGCCAAGUCUUUGGUGAAAGCCGGACUGUGCCGGAGAGUCCUCGUUCAGAUCUCCUACGCCAUCGGCGUGAGCCGGCCGCUCUCCAUCUCCGUGUUUCACUACGGCUCAUCGAACCGGGACGAAGACGAGCUGCUGCAAAUAGUGCAGAAGAACUUCGACCUGAGGCCCGGGGUCAUCGUGAAAGAGCUGGGGUUGAAGAGGCCGAUCUACCAGGCCACCGCCUGCUACGGUCACUUUGGCAGAGAGGAGUUCCCCUGGGAAAAACCAAAGACUCUGGUGUUUUGAGUUUUUUCGGGGGGUCGGGUGGGGGGGGGGGUCAAUCACAUCCUCCUAAUAGUCAAAUAUUCAAGGGAAUCUAUUUUCUCCAAAUACUGUGAGCUGAAAACAUAAAUGUAUUCUACUCUUUGACCAUAAACUGUAAAGGCCUUUGUUGAAGAAUUCAUUUUGAUUUUAACAAAAUCAUGAUUUAUGUUGUUUCCCUGUAUUGGUAAAAGAAAUAAUGAUCAUGCAGUGAAUGUGAUUUUCUUUAUUUUGAAUAUCGUGGAUGAAUUGUCAGGUAUUGUCAAAUUUUAUUUUAAAAAAUGCUGCAUUUUUAGUAAUAUUUGGUGAUUAAAACACGACACGAACAUCC